UCAAUAGAGUAAGGUAGCCUUAAUAGGUUUAUAAUAUGGCAAUUUGGUUGGGACUUUUUUUCGAACACAAAAUGUCAAUUUUUUAUGUGGAUUUGAUUCCAAUUCGAUUCAUUUUCCGUACCCCUAAGAUACAAACAACCAUCGGAAUCCAAUUUAUCUUGGUGCCAAAUUACCCCAAUUGGAGCAAAUAAAAAAUUAGAAAAUUCGACGAUCGAACCAAAGAGCAUAUAUAGUGGCCAAACCAUAUACCCAAGAGAAUCGUGCGUCGCUAAUUCCGAUAUUCCCUACCAAACAAUCAUAGAAUCCAACGCAUUAUAUAUACAAGUCCUUUACUGCUAUUAAAAAAGCAAUUCUUGGAUCAUGAAGUUCGGCAGGAUCUUGAUGAUGUUGAUGGCCCUUAUAGAACAGACUCUGCCUGAAUGGAAGGACAAGUUCCUGUCUUACAAGGAUCUCAAGAAGCAAUUGAAAUUGAUUUAUCCUAAUAAUGAUGGGAUUAACAGAAAGGAGGUAAAUGAUUUUGUGGUGCUCUUAGAGGAGGAAAUCGAAAAGUUUAAUUCUUUCUUCAUCGAAAAAGAAGAGGAUUAUAUCAUUCAAUUCAAGGUUUUAAGAGAUAGUAUUGCUGAGAUUAGAAGUUCGGAAGAGUUGAUGAGAGUAGGUAGAGACCUGGUGGAUCUUCAUGGACAGAUGGUUCUAUUGGAGAAUUACAGUGCUCUUAACUAUAUAGGAUUAGUGAAGAUAUUAAAGAAGUAUGAUAAACGUACUGGUGCUCUUAUUCGCUUGCCUGUCAUCCAAAAGGUGCUAGAGGAGCCAUUUUUUAAAACUGAUGUUCUAAAUAAGCUAGUGAAGGAGUGUGAGACCAUGCUUAGUAGCCUUUUCUCCCAAAAUGAGCCAUCUAAAGCACCAGGAGACGAAGAAAGUGGCGGAGGAAGUAGUAGUGGAGUCGAAGAUACAAAAGUAGUUGCAGAGACUAAAGAACCAUCUGAAGGUAUUGAUGGAGGAAGCAGGGUAGCUGAAGAUCCAGAAGAACUUGCAGCAAUUGAAAAGCUCUCUAAAGCACCAGGAGGGGAAGGAAGCGGCGGAGUCAAAGAUCCAGAACUUUCCGAGAUUGAAAACAAGGGAAACAUGUACUUGAAGCUUACAAAAUCAGCAUUGAGAGUCUUGCAGGAAAUCCGAAGUGGAAGUUCAACUGUCAGCAUGUUCUCUUUGCCGCCACUGGAAAGGAACGAACUGCAUGAGUUCUAGAAGAAUAUUCCAGUUGUAGAACAAGCAGCAAAAUAGUGUUCAAUAUCAUCUGUGAUAUGCUCUACAUAUUGUUGUGUUUUAAUUUUUCCAGUUCAGGUGUUAUAUAUCUGGAAGCAAUAAGUUCAGUUGUUUUGACUGUGUGCAUUGGGGCUUAAAUAGGGUUUUAAUUUCCAGAGUAUAUUAUAGGCUCUAGGACUUCUCAAGUUGGUUUUUGUAUGUAAAAGUUACUUUUUCAUCACAAUGUAUUACUAUAUUAUUUCUUAUUGAUAUGUCUACCUUUUAA